AUGGGAAGUCCGCAAGAGAAUGUUCUGAAGCCUCCAACGUUACCCAGAGGCUAUUGGACCCCACGAUCUUCCUGGGCCUGGGACGCGCCGUUCACACAGCGUGAGCUGCUGAUCGCAUCACGGCGAGAACUGCACUUUGGACUGUACAUUCAUUUCCAAUACUCUCUGCCCAACCGACGAGACCUUCACGCCGAAGUUGUGCAGCACGACUCAGCGUCCGCGAUUCGAAUAGCCGUCAAGCACGUCCGCAACGAGAACAGGAGCAGGAGGACAUCGAACAAGACGCUAUCUGUGUGGCUCAUGCCAGUACUCUGCACCUGGAACCAACACCCGGAGUUCAUGCUAGUGGCUGUCCUCGUGGGUAUCAAGAAGGUUGAAGACACGAGACUGGUGCACACUGUCUAUUCAGGUUGUGUUCUGAGUGAUAUCCUCCACGAGCUCCGCGUUCUCGCCUGUGGACAACUUUCCAGGAGUCCUGCAGACCUCUCUGACGCGUCCAGCUGUUCGACUUACGACAUCAGCGCGCGCUCCUUAGAUGAGCUUCGCUUGCGGUGUUCGUCAUAACAAUCGCAACUGCCUCGCAAGUCGCUAUUGUUUCGAGCACUAUCAUCAUUCACACACAGUCUACCUGCUGCACAGCGCAAUCCUAUCAGCACGUGACCUUCUACUGCGUCACCUAGUCAUCACCGCUACGAAUACCUCAAAACUUCACACGACAACUUAAUCACCUACAUCAUUAUUCUUGCCACCAGCAGCGCUUUUCUGGAAACACCGGCGCUAUGGCUUCUGACCCAUGGCACUGGACUGCCCUGCAGGUGGCUGACUGCUUUCGCAACAAUGCGCCGGUACUCAUUGAUGACAUUCCGAAUGCACGGCUUCCGGACAUGAACGCAUUCGCACAGAAAAUCGAGGAAAACGACGUGUGUGGAUUUAUGCUCUUCGAAGAAGUUGAUACUGGCUUCCUCCGAGAUGAGUGCGGUAUCAAGUCGCUGGG